GGACACACACUACUAGCACUCUCACUGGUAGCACUGGUCCUAUGCUACCCUAACCCACCAACAUGCUACACCAAGGUGUUGAGUAUGGCUCGAGACCUCACCCAUCAGGCAGCGAUGAUCAAGAUGGAACCUGAAACUAGGCAUUGCAUGGCACACAUCCCACAUCUCUACCUAGAUGUACAUAACACUUGCAUCAUGCCGAAGAUGAGGCAGUACAUCUUUCUGGUGGAUGGCUUGCGUGAGCGGCGCUGUGCUUACACCAGGAAAGUGCGGGUGGUGGGUCUCGCGGUCAGGCAACUGCACAUGAUCAUGUCCCAGAGGUGUCACGGGGAGCUGGUGUUCACCACUGAUGACUGUGCAGCCUUGGACCGCCCACCGAUGAGCUGGAGCCUAAAAUGAUAAUGUCACUGUUUGAUGGGAGGGAGGGAGGAAGGGAGAGAGGGAGAGAAAGAGGGAGAGAGAGGGAGAUAAUUGGA